UCCGAGUCUAUUUUUAUAAUUUCCUUUAUGAAAGGUGUUGAAUGGCGUCAGAAAGUAAUCUUUUUGUGUAAUUCCUGAGAAAUUUCACAAGAAACACAGAUUUUUGUAGCAUAACAGACAUUGGCACCAAAGAAUUUUAUACAUCAGAUACCUCAUCAAUGUUUAUCAUCUUUUGAAGACUAAAAAAAAGUGUUUGACAGGAAAGAUAUAACUCUUCUUAUAUAAAUCUACGACCAAUUACAGGUUUAUAUAUUUUGUAAACUGAGAUUGACAGCAAUAAUUCUUUUAUUGUCUGUCUGGAAUGCGAACAAGAUGACUUUCCAUUUGAAUUAAAAAGGACUUUACGACUUGUUCAAGAUAUUGACACAAAAAUCAUAGUAAUAGAAAUAUUUAAUAGCAAUAAAAUAUAGAAAUGUAAAGAAGAUAAAUAUCUCUAUAAUGUCAUGAGAAAACAUAAACAAUGGAAGCUGGAUGUUGUGUGAAUAAGUUUAAAUAUAAAACACAAAAGUAUUGAUUUGCCUAGUGACAUGAAUAAGGAGCAAGGGAAAACAUCACACCACUGUGAUAUCUGUGGGAAAUCAUUUUCUAACAGUCGUACAUUAAUAACACACAAAUACACUCAUACAGGAGAGAAGCCGUAUAAUUGUGAUAUCUGUGGUAAAUCAUUCUCUCAUAAUCAUAACUUAACUAGACACAAGCGUAUUCAUACAGGAGAGAAACCAUAUCGGUGUGAUAUCUGUGGUAAAUCGUUUUCUGAAAAUCACCACUUAACUGAACACAAACGGAGUCAUACAGGAGAGAAGCCAUAUCACUGUGAUGUCUGUGGGAAAUCAUUCUCUGUAAGUCGUAAAUUAACAACACACAUACGUAUUCAUACAGGAGAAAAGCCGUAUCACUGUGAUAUCUGUGGUAGGUCAUUCUCUCAAAACGGUGAAUUAACGUCACACAGACAUAUUCACACUGGAGAGAAACCAUAUCACUGUGAUGUUUGUGGUAAAUCAUUCACUGAAAGUUGUAAGUUAACUAAACACAAACGUAUUCACACAGGAGAGAAACCAUAUCACUGUGAUAUCUGUGGUAAAUCAUUCACUGAAUCUCAUCAUUUAACUGGACACAAACAUAUUCAUACAGGAGAGAAACCAUAUUGUUGUGAUAUUUGUGGUAAAUCAUUCUCUGGAAGCAGUAACUUAACUAGCCACAAACAUGUUCAUACAGGAGAGAAACCAUAUCAUUGUGAUAUCUGUGGUAAAUCAUUCUCUCAGAGUGGAACCUUAACUAAUCACAAACGUAUUCACACAGGAGAGACACCAUAUCACUGUGAUAUCUGUAGCAACUCGUUCUCUAAAAGUCGUGAAUUAACUAUUCACAUGCGUAUUCACACGGGAGAGAAUCCAUUUCACUGUGAUAUCUGUGGUAAAUUUUUUUCUCGAAAUCAGCACCUGACUGAACAUAAACGUAUUCAUACAGGAGAGAAACCAUAUUGCUGUAAUAUCUGUGGGAAAUCAUUCUUUCGAAGUGGUGAUUUAACUAUUCACAUCCGUAUUCACACUGGAGAGAAGCCAUAUCAGUGUGAUAUCUGUGGUAAAUCGUUCUCUCAAGGUCAUCACCUAACUGAACACAAACGAAGUCAUACAGGUGAGAAACCGUAUCAUUGUGACACCUGUGGCAAAUCAUUCUCUGAAAGUGGUAAGUUAACCAGACACAAACGUACUCACACAGGAUAAUAGCGAUAUCACUAUAUAGCUGUAUCUGUGGUAAAUCAAUCUCUAGAACAAGUCAGUUAACUAUAGAGAGUUCAUAUAUUUUCAGCAAAACAUUCCGUCAAAAGAUUCAUUUAACAAAACAUGUACUACAGCAGGUGUAUCAUUGUGAACAUUUAGGUUCUCAAUAAAUGAAGAAUUUCUCUUGUAUGGUAUUUAAACCGGCCAUAAGUAUUCUGCCUGUUUUAUGUUCAAAAUGGCCAGAUCUGGUCUCUCACACCAACCCUACAAUAUCAUUUAAAAAAUUAACAGCUACCUCAUCAAAAUCUCAAAGCUACAAGGUAAUGCCUGAUUAGUUCAAGGCAAUGUGGAUGAAAAAACCUUAAUUUUGGUAGAAUAAUGUGAACAGUAAAGGGUUAAUUGUACUUUCUUUGCUUAUAUUAUUCAAAUUCCAGCUAUUGCCUACUCUGAGUUUCUUUAUUUUAUUUCUGUGUGUGUGACAUUAAAUUAUAAAGAUGAACUGAACUACUGAUUCUUCUACAUAUAGUUAUAUGUAUAUCAAGAGAAUAUAGAUAUAUACACUGUGAAUUUUGAUGAAAAAUAAAUCUGUUGUCAUUAAAAUG